UUUUCUACGGAAAAUCGCAGCUCCGAAGAAAGCUAACAAUCAGGUCGAAAUAGACACAGAAUGAAAUCGACUCUUCGGAUUUUUCUCUUACAUUUCCUACGCUUUCCCAGCAACCAAACACAGAAUGAAAAUUGAGAGACUGACGGCUACACCUUGCAGCUCAAACCGAAAGCGGAAACAAGAGCUAGGGUUUUCGAUCUGUUUCUUGUGGGCCUUGAUUGCUCAUUCUAUUUAGGAGCAAAGCCUCGUGCUUUCCUGCGUGCUUUCGAGUGUAGGAUUUGUUUGUUACUCCGGACUGUGUCCCCAUUCUGAAACAGAGUUUCGUACGAUCAUUGCUUCUCUUAUCUUUUCCCCCUCUUUUUCCAUUUCCAUCUACCGUCUUCAUCUUCUUCUUCUUCUUCUUCAAAACCCUAGAACACUAGAGAAGGAGAGGAGCAAUUAAAAAAAGGCAUCAAGAUGAGGAUAAUGAUAAAGGGAGGCGUGUGGAAGAACACCGAGGAUGAGAUCCUCAAGGCGGCGGUCAUGAAAUAUGGGAAGAACCAGUGGGCGCGGAUCUCCUCUCUCCUCGUUCGCAAGUCCGCUAAGCAGUGCAAGGCUCGCUGGUACGAGUGGCUCGACCCCUCCAUUAAAAAGACUGAGUGGACCAGAGAGGAGGAUGAGAAGCUACUCCAUCUUGCAAAACUCAUGCCCACGCAGUGGAGAACGAUUGCCCCAAUUGUUGGCCGUACUCCAUCCCAGUGCCUUGAGCGGUACGAGAAACUCCUUGAUGCAGCUUGUGCUAAGGAUGAGAACUAUGAACCAGGUGACGACCCUCGGAAAUUGCGUCCUGGAGAGAUUGACCCGAACCCUGAGUCAAAGCCUGCACGUCCAGAUCCUGUGGAUAUGGAUGAGGAUGAGAAGGAAAUGCUUUCUGAGGCACGGGCUCGGUUAGCCAACACCAAAGGUAAGAAGGCAAAGAGGAAAGCCAGGGAGAAACAGCUUGAGGAGGCCAGGAGGCUUGCUUCUUUACAGAAAAGGAGAGAACUGAAGGCUGCUGGAAUUGACAAUAGGCAACGCAAGAGGAAGAGAAAGGGAAUAGACUACAAUGCAGAGAUUCCCUUUGAGAAGAAGCCUCCUUCAGGCUUUUUUGAUGUUACCGAUGAGGAUAGACCAGUGGAGCAGCCCAAGUUCCCGACCACAAUUGAAGAACUUGAAGGGAAAAGAAGAAUGGAUGUGGAAACACAAUUAAGAAAGCAAGAUGUUGCUAAGAAUAAAAUUGCACAGAGGCAGGAUGCUCCAUCAGCUAUACUGCAAGCUAACAAGUUGAAUGAUCCAGAAACAGUUAGGAAGAGGUCAAAACUUAUGCUUCCUGCACCCCAGAUUUCAGACCAUGAAUUGGAGGAAAUUGCAAAGAUGGGUUAUGCUAGUGAUCUUCUUGCUGGGAGUGAGGAACUUGCUGAAGGGAGUGGUGCAACACGUGCUCUUCUUGCAAAUUAUGCCCAGACACCACAUCAAGGAAUGACACCUUUACGAACUCCACAAAGAACGCCUGCUGGUAAGGGUGAUGCUAUUAUGAUGGAAGCAGAAAAUCUGGCCAGGUUGAGGGAGUCUCAAACACCAUUAUUAGGGGGAGAGAAUCCAGAGUUGCACCCUUCUGAUUUUUCAGGGGUCACUCCUAAGAAAAGGGAGAUCCAAACACCAAAUCCUAUGUUGACUCCUUCAGCAACUCCUGGAGGUGUUGGUCAUACUCCUAGAUCUGGCAUGACACCAUCAAGAGAUGGCUAUUCUUUUAAUAUGACGCCCAAGGGAACUCCCAUCAGGGAUGAGCUCCAUAUUAAUGAAGAUAUGGAUAUGCAUGAUAAUGCAAAACUUGAUCAAAGAAGACAAGCUGAUUUGAGAAGGAACUUGCGCUCAGGCCUAGGCAAUCUUCCACAGUCAAAGAAUGAGUACCGGAUAGUUAUGCAACCAGUUCCAGAAGAUAAAGAAGAACCAGAGGAGAAGAUUGAAGAAGAUAUGUCUGAUAGGAUAGCCAGAGAAAAGGCUGAGGAAGAGGCAAGACAGCAGGCAUUACUUAGGAAGAGAUCGAAAGUACUGCAGAGGGAGCUCCCUAGACCUCCUGUUGCUUCAUUGGAUCUAAUUAGAAAUUCUCUAAUUAGAGCAGAUGAAGACAAGAGCUCCUUUGUUCCUCCUACUUCCAUUGAGCAGGCUGAUGAAAUGAUAAGAAAGGAGCUUUUAACCUUACUAGAGCAUGAUAACGCAAAGUAUCCACUUGACAAAAAAAUGAACAAGGAGAAAAAGAAAAGUAUCAAACGCUCUGCAAAUGGUUCUGAUUAUGUCCCUGAGAUAGAUGAUUUUGAAGAAGAUGAGGUGAAAGAGGCUGAUUAUAUGAUAGAGGAAGAGGCUCAGUAUCUUCGUCUGGCAAUGGGGCACGAAAAUGAAUCCCUUGAUGAAUUUGUUGAAGCACACAAAACUUGCCUAAAUGAUCUGAUGUACUUCCCUACCCGUAAUGCUUAUGGUCUCUCAAGUGUUGCUGGAAACAUGGAGAAACUUUCAGCCUUGCAGAAGGAAUUUGAAAAUGUGAAAAAGAAGAUGGAUGGUGAUAAAGCUAAGGCAGAAAACCUUGAGAAUAAGGUCAAAGUUCUCACACAUGGUUAUGAGACACGGGCUAAAACGGCUAUCUGGCCAAAGGUUGAAGCAACCCUCAAGCUGAUGGACACCGCUGCAACGGAACUUGAGUGCUUCAAAGCUUUACAAAAGCAAGAGCAAUUAGCAGCUUCACACCGGAUAAAUAGUUUGUGGGAGGAAGUUCAGAAGCAAAAGGAGCUUGAACGAACUUUGCAGAGGCGGUAUGGGGAUCUUGUGGCAGAGGUAGAUAGGAUACAACACCUCAUGGAUGAAUACAGAAUACAAGCACAAAAGCAAGAGGAAAUUGCAGCCAAGAAUCAUGCUCUUGAGUUGGCUAAGGCUGCAGAGGAUGAAAAUGCAGGCCAGCAAAUGGAUGUUGAUGCCCAGAAUGAGAACGCGCAGCUGUGCAUGGCUGAAAGCUUGCCUUCUAAUAUGCCUGAUGCUGCGGUGGGAGAGAAGACAACACCAGUACAAGGUUAUAGUUCUGAAGGUACUGAUAGUCAGCUUUCCCAUUCAGGUAGAGAUAACCCUAAUGGAGUUUCCGAAAUAGUUGUUGAGGAAAAUAAGAUGGUUAUUGAGUCGGUUGAUGGGGCUGCUGGUGAUGAUAUAACAGCUGAAGUUGCCAAAGUCAAUCCAGAUUUUGAGGAUCAACAGAAUGUGGUGGAAGUCACAAGCCUAGAUGGUGUCUUCCGCAAGGAAGAAGAUUGCGUCCCAGAAACGGAUGACAAGAAUAAUUGUGCCAAUGGGGAUACCAUGCAGGUCUCUGGUGUCGAAGGGGGCGUAGUGAAUUCAGCUGGUAAUAGCAUUAACCAAAUGCCAAAUGCAUUGAAGGCUGAGCCUUCCCUUGCUAGUGAUUCUGCUGAGAAACAAACUGAAAUGGCAGAUAUGAAUGCCAAUUCCAAUCAGGUCAUCACAAAGUUGGACGACUGAUGAGUUUUACUGUUCUCUGGAAUUGAUGAAAUCUAGCAUUGAACCUUUCUGUUGUUGCUCAAGUGGUGAAAUGAGUGAGUGGUAACCAGGACCUAUGGUACUGUUCUCUGAUUCUCAUAAUUUGGACUUUUCGUGUUUGUACCAAAGCUGGAAAUCAUUAUUCUCUAUUGUUCUUUUUUUUUUUUUUUUCCCUAUUAAAACACACCAAAGUGAGGUGAAAAAAAGAAGAAAGGGGAAGAGACCUGGAUUAGAACCUGAUGGAUGUGGUGAAGGCUAAGAUGUUAGUUUGGUCUCGAGUACGGUGUAACUGUUAUUUAUUGAGAAACUGUUGUAGAUUUUGUUUUCUUCCUAUAAUGAUAUAAUGUGGUGUCAGUCUUCUUUAAGCUUUAAA